AUGAGAUACAACACUUUCGCUUUAAAAACACUUUCCAUAUUGAGCUUUUUCACACUUGUGAGUUCUAUUUCUACUGAUACCAUCACCAAACCAACUAUUGUGUUAAAGGCCAAAGAUUCAGGGGACUCGGCGGCUACCGCAAGUAUUAAUUCCAUCGACAUGCAAAGAGCAAGAAACUCUGCUGCUGCAGUUGAUAUGCCCUUCUUCACUGCCUUCUUACAAGAUUUCGAAGUGAAAUUGGCUCAAUAUACAUCAUAUAUGGGGGAAAUGAAGUUAACUCUUCCUCAAGCAGUUGCUGACUAUUAUUAUCAUAUUGCUUUCCUACCUUCAACAGCAGAUUUGGAAGCGGAUAUCGCAAGCACUUUCCCCUUCACUCAAUUUCAAACUUUCAUUACAGCCUUUCCAUGGUAUUUGUCAUUAUUAUCAGAUGCUUCAGCAACUACUAUUUACCUCCCUGAACAGUUUUUAACAGUUACCGUCGCUAGCCCAUCUUCGGAUGUCGUUAAGCAAACCUCACAACCAUCGAUAUCCUCCUCCUCAGUACCUUCAUCCACUUUCAGUUCUACUAGUCCCAGCACGACAAGUUCCAGUUCCUCAUCCGUUUCAACUUCCCAAUCAAAAAGAGUAUCAACAUCCUCAUCAACUUCAUCCUCAUCCUCUUCAUCCUCAUCCUCUUCAUCCUCAUCUACUACAACCCAAACAACUUCAACAAAAUCACAAAAUAACGGGCUUCAAAUUGAAAUAUUAACCCCUACAACAUUUCUCCUUCUAUUAACCUUUUUAUUGUAA